AAAAUUAAGUUGUAAGGUUUUCGAAUUGAAAAAAAUUAAGGCGCUUAAGGUGAGGCGGAUGUCAAACACAAGCAUCGGUCCGACGACCGCGAUUCGGGGUUCAAGCGGCGGCGCAAACACGACGGCGGUGGCAGCUGAAGCUUCAGCAGGAGCGGCGAUGAGUAUGAGAGGACCAAGCCCGCCAACAACAGCGGCGGUGAUCUACCCAGUAGCCUCCUCCGGAAGAGGUUUCCUUCCGACGAUCCUUCCUUAUCAAUCUCAUUCGCAUCCCUCUGGCAACCCCAGGCCGCCUCCGCCUCCGCCUCCGCUUCCCCAUCCUACUAACUUCCAUCCUCCGCUUAAGGGCCUCCCCCCUUCUCUCCAUCCGAAGGUUGCUUCAUCGCCGUUUUCAGCUUCUGAAACUAAAGGACAUAAAGGUGCCAGGGAGAGAACCAAAGAUCUUGUCACUGUUAGGGACCGAAAGGUCAGAAUAACAGAUGGGACUUCCAUUUAUUCUCUUUGCCGUUCAUGUUUAAGAAAUGGGUUUCCAGACGAAACUCAGCCCCAAUACGGAGAUAUUUUCAAGUCUCUUCCUCAGCCUUUACCUUUACCUUUACCAGUCACGGAUGAUUUACCAAAGGACAUUGAAGAUAGAGAAGAACCAGUAGAGGAGGAUAAAAAGGAGGAUGAGCAAUCAGUUGAGAAUUUAUCGUCGCAAGAUCUGUUGAAAAGGCAUAUUAAUCGUGCGAAAAAAGUUAGAUCAAGGUUACAACAAGAACGAUUAAAUCAAAUUGUGAGGUACAAAACAAGGCUUGCACUCCUGCUACCUCCCCUUGUAGAACAGUUCCGAAGUGAUGGUGCUGUGGAUGUGGGAAACUGAUGCCGAAGAUUAGCAUCGGAAGAAACCGAUGACAUAUCGGGGCCUCUCGAAUUCCUGAUGUGUUGCACUUAUCACGUGUAGAUGCUGUUUUUAUAAUAGUGUAGGAAGGAACUACUAGAGUGUAGGUGAUGGAAUUGGAGGCAGUGAAGCAAGUGUUGUGUUUAGUGUAGUGAUUUGGAUGUAGAGCUUAUUUGUUACUGUGGUAUUAUCAGGAGAAGGAAAGAUAAAAGCCUUUUAAGUAUGGGUUAAUUACGUUAAG